CUAAGUACCAGGCGACUCUCCUGGAUCAAGGAGAUAUCCAGUUGCAAACCUCUAGUACCCUGAACCCAGCUACGUUGAUGCCAUUGGAACAGGACGAAGGAUUACAGCAUGAUUGCAUUGAAACUAUUGAGAGUGUGUAUGCUAGCUGGCCGGAUCUUAAAGAUGCCCCACUACCUAAUGCAGACCUUGAAUUCUACACAGAUGGAAGCAGCUUCAUGGACAAUGGAACCCGAAAGGCGGGAUAUGCCGUGGUUACAUCAUGGGAUACCGUGGAGGCAAACACCUUGCCUCCAAAUACCUCUGCACAGAAAGCUGAGCUUAUUGCACUGACCCGUGCUCUCCAUUUGGCAAAAGGAAAGAUAGCCACUAUAUACACGGAUUCGAAGUACGCCUUUGGAGUCUUACACGCCCACGGAGCUAUAUGGAAAGAGAGAGGACUCUUAACGGCAAGUAAAAGCCCAGUAAAGCAUGGAACAGAAACUACUUGAAGCCGUGAUGGAACCACUAGAGGUAGCUGUGGUGCACUGUAAGGCCCACCAAAAGGGAGAUGCUGACGUUAUUAAAGGAAAUCAACGAGCAGAUGCUGUGGCGAAAAAGGCAGCUAGAGGACAAGUUCAAGAGACUCAAAUGUUGGCAUUGAUGCCUCAGGUAGUGUUACCUGAGGAACCUCCCAAAUAUACUGAAAAAGAGAACCAACUCGCAGAGAAAUUGGGAAGCAAAGAACAACAAGAUGGAUGGUGGGUUUUGCCUGAGGAACAAGUCCUGAUGCCAAAACUGAUUCUUAGCAAAGUGCUCCAAGAGUACCACCAGAGCACCCAUAUGGGAGCUGACGCCAUGACCCAAGGUCUCCAAAGAAUUGUAGUGGGACCUAAGAUGAGAAAAACAGCAGAACAGAUAGUGCGUAGAUGCCCUGUCUGUUGUGCCAACAAUCCUAAGAUUUCCCCCAAACCUCCGCCAGGAGCAGGAAGGCAAGGACUAUUAGCAGGAGAAUGUUGGCAGAUAGAUUUCUCUGAAGUUCCCAGGAAGGGACACUACAAAUACCUGUUAGUGCUCAUGGACACUCUGACUGGAUGGACUGAGGCCUUCCUGUGCCGAACCAACCAAGCAAAAGAAGUGGUCUGGGUGAUGCUAAAAGAAAUGAUUCCACGAUUCGGAAUCCCAGAGGGAUUAGCCUCGGAUCAGGGCCACACUUUGUGUCGGAGGUGACCCAGGCAGUUUCCUGGGCUCUGGGGCUACAAUGGGACCUUCACACAUCAUGGAGACCGCAGUCAAGUGGACAGGUGGAACGAAUGAAUCAGACUCUAAAAAGACAGCUGGCUAAACUUUGCUAGGAAACUCAGUUGAAAUGGCCCGAAGCUCUGCCUCUUGCCUUGCUUAGAGUGCGCAUAGCCCCUAGAGCUAAAUUGGGAGUUAGUCCAUUUGAAUUAAUGUAUGGCAAGCCAUAUCCUAAGAAUCCAGUGGUGACGCAUGGGAGUCAAAUGCAUGUAAAAGGGGAAGGUUGGGUAAAAGAUUAUUUGUAUUCUUUGUCUGCUGUAUUGUCUUCUCUCCACAGGUAUGUCCAGGAAUGACUUCCACUCCCUCUAGAUACACCAGUCCGCAAGUUCCAGAUCGGAGACAAGGUACUGGUCCGGACGUGGAAAGACGAGCCGCUUCAGCCCAGGUGGAAGGGACCGUAUCCUGUGAUUCUUACUACUCACGCUGCAGUGAAGGUUCAGGGGGUAAAACCGUGGAUACACUACACUCGGGUGAAGGCCGCACCAGAAGUACCACCUGCAGGAGAAGUUGCUGAGAGUGUUGCACCGGAAGCCGACACAAACUGACACCGUUGGACAGCAGAGCCAGUAGAAGGACUUAAAUUUCUGUUUAAAUGUCAACCAUGUGGAAAGUAGUUCUUUGCAUAGGUGUAAUGUUUCUAGAGUCUAAGGGGUUGGUGCAUCAAAGGUUCGAGAAGAGUCAAAAUGUGUGGGUUCAUUUGGCAAAGGACGUAUUAAAUGUCACUCAUUUUUGUUUGGCAGGUGGAAUAUCAGUUGAUGAUAUUUUCACGUCAUGCCUUAUAGGGGUGCCCACUCCAAUGGAAGCUCCAGAAUCAGACUUGGUUCACAUCUGGGGGAAUAGGAGGUCCAAUCAAUUACACUAACAACUCCAUGUGGGGAACCAUUACCACAGAAAGAAACGCUAGUACCUUUGAAAUAGAUUUGUUGACAGUCACCUCCCCUGGUAACACCAGCUGUGCCAAUUUUGUGUACUGUACCCAAGCUUCCAAAAGCCUAACCAAAGAAAUGAAAAUUUUCAAUUGCUCAAACAUGACUAAUGUAUCUUGCAACUACGUUCAUGUUAUAUUACCCCAGGGGUGGUUCCUCCUUUGUGGGAAGACUGCCUAUUCAUAUACCCCAGCCAAUGCCACAGGAGGCCCUUGUGCUCUAGGCCGGUUGACUGUCUGGCUACCAGGUAUGCCUAAGAUCUCUAGUAAGCGUCACCGGAGAGGUUCGAAGGUGCUAGAUAAAUCCUGUGAUAGUGACAUAAACCUCCUGAGUGAGGCCGAGGUAGUGUCCUUAGCAGUUUUCCUAGUAGGGGUGCCAGGCCUAGUAGUGGAUGCUGAGAGGCAGCUUGGUAAGGUGGCCUGUGCCCUGGCAAAGGGCCUAAAUACAACUUCACAGGCCCUAGCUGCCCUCAAUAUUGAAAUGAAAGAACUAAGAGGAGCUACUCUGCAAAAUAGAGCAGCCAUAGAUUACCUGUUGCUGAGGCAUAACCACGGAUGUGAAGAGUUUGAGGGAAUGUGUUGUUUUAAUUUGACAGAUAACUCCUAGUUGAUAGAGUCAAAAGUGCAGAAGUUAAAAAAAGUUCUGUCCCACAUUAAGCAAGGGGAAGGGUUUGACUUCUCACGGCUUACUUCUUAGCUUCCUAAUUUUUCAUGGCUUAAGCAAAUUUUCCUAUUAAUUGUGGCAAGUAUGUGUAUUUUCUUGAUGAUCUGUUGUGGGAUACAGUGUGCGCCAAUGUGUUGUGAGAUACUCAAGAAAUCAAUUUCUUCCCCCGUUCACCGCGUGAUGUUUGUAAAAUCAUCAGUUACAAACCUGAUCCAAAACAAUCGGGAGGAAGCAAAAAGAUUUCUGGAGAUGAAAAAGAUAGUCGAGAACUAUGGGCCUUUUCCAUAAGGGCCAUAGUCUCGAAGUGGGGAUUUGAUGGGUACCCCUGAACUUUCACUAUGCAUUUUCUACUUUGGGAACAGCUUUGUAUGUUUUGAAAAGUAUUUUAUCUAACCAAGGGCAUAGAGUAGGUUGUUUAGGCUGGGGGAGAUCGCUUGUUGCUUAGUUGCUUAAUUGCUGGCCUCACUAGAAGGAAAGCUGUAUCAACAAAGUCCGGAGCUGGAAGGGGGGUUACUCGGGUGGGGAGCUGGAAGGGGGGUUACUUGCUGGGCUUGCUAUACAUUUCAUCACAUCAGCAAGUUUAACCUGUUACGUAGCUAUAUAAGGCAGACGUCCACUGAGGUGUGGGUGCUUGCUUUGCGAACGAUUGCCAAGCACCACUUUCUGCACAGAAAUAAAGAUUAAGUUGGAUCCUUCAA